ACCUAAAAAGAAAAGUGUCUGAAAUCUGAAAUCUUAAAAAGAAAAUCUAAAAAUCUGAUCUUAAAAAAAAAAAAACCUAAGUAAAAUCGUGAUAAAAUGUUUUAUUAUAUAGUUUAUUAUUUAUUCUCAUGGAUCUGGACCUCGGAGCGAUUCCGUUCUUUUUUGCCACUGGUCGGUAUCACCGGCCCCAGUGAUAGCGGCAACGAGGUGGCCCUCAUCGAGCAAUCACCGGAAUCACAGGAAUCUCAAGAAGAUGCACUUUUGGGGGGUCCGGUUAAUGAUCUGGAAGAAAUAGCUUUCGUUGUGGAUGGGACCAAUCGCAAGCCAUCCAAUCCGUUCCAUCAGCCAGUCAACAUCGAGGUGUCCAUUAAGGCAUGUAUCGGAAAAAGUGCCCCGCUGGGAAAGACGGUGCGCGGGACUCUAAUGGUGCCACAGCCACCACCGAAGCCAACCACCACUCUGUGCACAGUGCCGCCUCCUCGCUGGGGACUCGUCAUCCCGGGCGAUACCCUUUCCGUAGCCAUCAUGUUGAUCUGGAUCUUUGCAAUGGUGUGGUUCAGGCUUCUACCCAAACUAACAUCCAAGAAGCGGGCUGGGAAGAUGUCCCACAAGAGUGUCCAGACGGGAAAUGAUAAGGUCUCCAUUUGGAUCUAUCGGGACAACCUGGACAGAAUCCUGAAGAAGCGUAAGAUCCCGGGUGUGCUGUGCGAAGACGACUUGGCCAAGAAGAUCAAGUCCCACAUGGAUGCUUUUGAGGAGUCAUCUUCCGUCAUAACCGCCGAGGAGUUGCUAGUGAGCUUGGCCCAGUUUCGGCAGCGGAUGGCACAACGCGAGAGGAAUGCCAACCUGGAGGAACAUCAACCCAUGGACGUGGAUGAGUAUCCCGAUUUUGGCCAGAUGGAGGAUGGAGCUAGGGACGUCUACUACGACGAAGAAGGUGCAGUAGAGUUCCUUAAGCUAGAAUUAGGUAUCCGGAACAUGUAUCCCGAUCCUCAACCCGAAGACUUGAACGUUUUCUAUGACUUUCUCCCAGAGAUUGAAUAUUUCUAUCCAGACUUCCGUGACUUUUCCCUAGAGAUUGAAUAUUUUUAUCCAGAUUUUUGUGACUUUUCCCAGGAGUAUCCCCAUUUUCCUGAAGACUUUCUUACUGAUUAUGAAGACGUUCUUGAUAAUGUUUCUUUAGAUGAUUUAUUUUCAAUCGAUGAGAACGCCGCCGGAGAUGGGAUGAUGAAGACUCCUCCAGGACCCGAAAUGGAACCCACUGCCGCUGAAGAAGAGCCUCCAAGGCAGGUCCCUGAUGUCCAAGCUGAAGCUGAAGCGCCCGAGGAGGUUGGAGGAACUACCAACCAGGUUUUGUGGCAUUUGGAAAGUGGUUUGCAAUAUGUCGUUAACUGUCAAGUUUUGUCGGACGAAGAUUGCCAGCUAGAAGCUGAGGAGGAGGAGGAGGAUACACCGAAGGACGAUCAAGGACCAGAGCCAGAAGACGCUCCAGAAGACCCAGAAGAAGUAGAGCCAUAGACGCCAAAAAGAAACCCUCGUUUAAAAUGUUAUUUAAAAUUAAUUUAAAAAGAAAUUGUACCUGAAACCUGAAGAAAGACAAAGAAAGUAAUAAAAUGUUAACCUAUAAACAGGUA